UGAUUUAUUUGGUUAAGAAAUACUUUCCUUGAACUUAUUUUUUUAAAAAAAUAACAGUAUCACCAUAGCAUGCACAUUUGAAAUGUGAGAACUAUAAAGAGAUGAAAAUCUGACAGGUGCAAUUAGUGAAAUACAAAGCAGGAGGAGCUGAACCAAAACCAUCAGUUGAACAUUUUGUAUUUAGACUUCUUCAUUGUUUGACCCUUAGAAGUUGGGAAUAACAUGAAAGCCAUUUUUACCUUAACCAUGAAAGGAUUAUUAUCACUUAAUUAUAUUUCAGUGACAAACUGCUUUCUGCAAAAUCCAGCCCACAGGACACAAACAUGAUCUCGGCCACACCUUGGCAUUACUGCUUUGCGACAUGAUUUCCCUAUCCUUUCCUGAAACCCAUUCAACAUGGAAUCAAACAAUAGCCACUCUGGCAAGAAUCCUCCUAUAUACACAAUGAAGAAAUAUUUCUGAGUUUCAUAAGUUAUAGCACGAGUGUCACACUUCUUUUCACAGCGACCGAAGGGCAGGUGUUAGUCUGGCUAAAGCUCUCGGGAUAUUAUAAUGGCUUUAGUAUUUAGAACUGUGGCUCAGCUAGCUGGAGUUUCAUUAUCUUUGCUGGGAUGGGUUUUAUCCUGUCUUACAAACUACCUGCCACACUGGAAGAACCUCAACCUGGACUUAAAUGAAAUGGAAAACUGGACCAUGGGACUGUGGCAAACCUGUGUGGUUCAAGAGGAAGUGGGGAUACAGUGCAAGGACUUUGACUCCUUCCUGGCUUUGCCUGCUGAACUCAGGAUCUCCAGGAUCUUAAUGUUUCUGUCAAAUGGGCUGGGAUUUCUGGGCCUGCUGGUGUCCGGGUUUGGCCUGGACUGUUUGAGAAUUGGAGAGAGUCAGAGAGAUCUCAAGAGGCGACUGCUAAUCCUGGGAGGAAUUCUGUCCUGGACCUCAGGAAUCACAGCCCUGGUUCCUGUCUCUUGGGUUGCCCACACGACGGUUCAGGAGUUCUGGGAUGAGACCGUCCCAGACAUUGUCCCCAGGUGGGAGUUUGGGGAGGCCCUCUUUCUGGGCUGGUUUGCUGGACUUUCUCUUGUGCUAGGAGGGUAUCUGCUCAACUGUGCAGCCUGCUCCAGCCAUGCUCCCCUAGCUUCGGGCCACUGUGCAGUAGCACAAAUGGAAGAAGAUCAUCAGCAAUUGGAGACGAGAAACACCAACCUGAAAAACUAAGCCAGAAAUGACAAGCGUCUGCUGUGCAGGAGGAGCCAGCUCAGCACUGGAUUUGGUAGGAUUUCCCACUGUCGUCAUCUCACUAUGCUUCUGAUUUUCUAAAGUGCAUUUUUUCCUGUGGCUAGUAAACUAUAAUUUCUUUCUAGGACUGGUGAACCACUUUUAUCUUCUACUCUGGGACCAAAACCAAUCAAGACUUAAUAGUAAUGACACCCAUUACCGUGAAUGAGUUUUCUCGAUUUUAAAAUAGUGACUGCCUAGAUGUGGUAAAUAAAGCAUUAAAUUAAUCCUUAUGUACCUUUGAAGGUAUUAUUCAUAUGGAGCUGAAUCAUUUUGGCAUUCAUGUACUUCAUUCAGGUGUUUAAGGUAACCUAGUACGAUAAACCUGAGGUCCUGUUGCAUAUUCAUUUAAAAUGCAUGACAUCUUAUUAUAUAAAAUUAUCAUCGGCUCUUUAAAAGCUUUAGAGGUAAAAGGUGGACACAUCUCCUUCAGAGUCAGAGAUCUCAGUGUCUCCAUGGAGCCUUUUUCAAAAGGCAGCCGCCUUCAAUCAUGCCUUCUCGACUAUGUCAGAAGCAGGAGGGCGAUCCUGUGUUUUGGAUAAUUCACGCAGACUGGGUGGCACAAUCGUGCUUCUGCGUCCUGUGCUCUGUAUUUGAUAGGCAGCACUUCUGGCUUCCCCGGCUCUGAAGCCUAGGGACCGCAUGGCAGGCCAGGCCAGGAGUGCGGGUGGAGAGCCUCCUGGGAAGGCCGCCUCACCAUGCAGUGCACCGCCAGCCCAGACGGUGCGACGACAGAGCACAUAUUCCGGAGCCCUUCAUUUUAUUUGCACAAUGAAAAUACUUCCUCCUUUUUAUCAGCAAUACACAUGCUUCCAACAGGAACUAUUCAUCACAAACUGCUGGCCUGGGGAUUUCUUCAUGAAAUAUUUUGUAUUUGCUUGGUACAUGGCUCAAGGAAAUUCUUGUAUUUGUGCCAAUCAGGGAAAUAAACUGAACAAUAAACGACACUGAAAUAGAGUGUUAGGCAAUACGUAUCUUUGUUUGUUUUUUUUAAAAAAAAAAAAAACCCACUGAAUUUUUUUCCACCCACAAACACAUGGAAAGUGCAGAAACCAAAGUUAAUCUAUGUGAUGUAUUUGCAUACAUUUACAAACAAGACAAAUUAAGACAGAAACAUGUUCAGAAUUUAACUUGAUUAAAUAUUUAGUUCAGUCCUGAGCUUUUGGUAGUUAAUACAAUAUAGAUAAAGCAAUAGCAAAAAAAUUUAAUUAAUUUGAUUUGCAUGCUACAGAGAUUCAGCUAAACUUUGUUCAUUUGGCUAGCAAUAUUCUUUUUGUACCUGUAACACUUAAGAUUCUGAUAUACAAAAUUGUAAUAAUAUACUGAUAAUUAAAACUUGAGAACUAAAUAUUACAUUCUUUUUACCCUGUGUGAUAAAUUCUACCUUUUA